GCCAUGUCCGUGAUCUUAGCGUCGGCUGGUUACGACCACACAAUCCGAUUCUGGGACGCGCUAACUGGGGUUUGUUCUCGUACAAUUCAACACCCAGAUUCUCAAGUUAAUCGAUUAGAAAUAACUUCUGAUAAACGUUUUUUGGCAGCUGCUGGUAACUUAUACGUAAGAUUAUACGAUAUAAGACAAGUGGGGAAUUCUGGCAAUGGUACCGCUUCUGCUAAUUCGGUGGCUUCCAUGGGACCGGGUGCUUCCAAUAAUAAUAAUAAUAAUAAUAAUUCUAAUCCAGUCAUGACUUUUGAAGGCCAUAGCUCUAAUGUUACAUCACUUGCAUUCCAAGUAGAAAACAAAUGGAUGGUUUCUUCUUCAGAAGAUGGAACGGUGAAAGUCUGGGAUGUAAGGUCUCCGUCAGUGCAAAGAAGUUAUAAACAUCAUUGUCCGGUGAACGAAGUCGUCAUUCAUCCAAAUCAAGGAGAAUUAAUAAGCUGUGAUCAAGAUGGUAAUAUAAAAAUAUGGGAUUUGGGUGAAAAUCAUUGUAGUCAUCAUUUAAUUCCUGAAGAUGACGUUCCAAUAAAUUCAUUAUCUGUUGCUAGUGAUGGUUCAAUGCUUGUUGCCGGGAAUAAUAAAGGUAAUUGUUAUGUAUGGAAAAUGCAAAAUAAUCGUGAAGAAACUUCUUUAACUCCGGUGACAAAAUUUAGAUCUCAUCUGAAAUAUAUAACUAGAGUCGUAUUACUGACUGAUAUGAAACAUUUAGCUACUUGUUCAGCUGAUCAUACCGCUAGAAUUUGGUCUACUGAAGAUAACUUUAGCCUAGAGACUACCCUUCAAGGCCAUCAAAGAUGGGUCUGGGAUUGUGCAUUCAGUGCAGAUAGUGCUUAUUUAGUAACUGCUUGCUCGGAUCAUUAUGUUAGAUUAUGGGAUCUAUCCAAUAGCGAAACUGUUAGACAAUAUAACGGUCACCAUAAAGGAGCAGUUUGCGUAGCCUUAAACGAUGUUUGAUCGCUUACAAUUUACAAUUUUUCAGUUCUAUUUCUAAUUUGCAUCAAUUUAAUAAUUUUUUUAUUCAAUAUACACUUUAUCCG